GCAGCGCAAUUUGACGCAGUGUGGAAGUCCAGAAGAGUACGACGUCCGACUUUCAAGGUUGAUUUAUCUGAGCGCAUGUGCGGGCAUGUCAGGCAGCAGGUUGAUGAGAGCCAUUAGAGUGAGUGAGUUCGGAGCGCCGUCAGUCCUCAGACUGCGCUCUGACGUGACUGUCCCUCAGCCCGGGCGCACACAGGUGAGACCCACGCAGCUGGACUACUCCGUGCAAAGGGCACACAGCAGCAGCUGCACGUCACACCAAGGAGCAGCCAUCGGGAUCCCGUACUUCACCGCCUACAGAGCUCUGAUCCACAAAGCGCACGCCAAGGCUGGAGAGACCGUUCUUAUCCAUGGAGCCAGUGGAGGGGUGAGACUGUUCUUCAGCUCUAGGAGAUAUACCUGUCAGUUGUCCCGUGCUCUGGGUCUUCAGGUUUUUGGGACAGCAGGGACACCAGAGGGGAUGAAGUUGGUCCUUAACAAUGGAGCUCACCUGGCCUUUAAUCACAGACAAGAAGGAUACACAGACAAAAUCAUGGAAGCCACAAAGGGCCGAGGUGUAGAUGUGAUAGUGGAGAUGCUGUCAAAUGUCAACCUCAGUAAGGACCUCCAGAUGCUGGCCUAUGGAGGGCGAGUGAUGGUUGUUGGCUCCAGAGGAUCUAUAGAGAUCAAUCCCAGAGACACCAUGGUUAAAGAGAGCAGCAUAGUGGGAGUCGCCCUUUUCUUUGCAACACCGGAGGAGUUGAAGGAGUGUGGAGCUCUACUGUAUGCAGGGAUGGAAGCUGGUUGGUUGCGUCCGGUCGUCGGUUCCCAGUAUCCGCUUGAAAAAGCUGCCCAGGCCCACCAUGAUAUCAUCGAGUCUCCCGGGGCUGCUGGGAAGAUGGUCCUGACUAUGUGAUGACACGACCAUGUAAUGGGUCACAGGUCACCGUUACAGUUUUUACAGUUCAGGCUGUUUUUAAAUGGGUGAUACUUUGAUAAAAAAAUUUCAGGAACGGUUAAUGUUGUUGUUUGUUGCUUCUAUGGCAAAAAUCAGUUUGCUAGAUCACAGAAAAUAAUGCAGAAAAUCCUUAGGCUGGAUUUGUUUUUACUGUACUAUGAUGGUGCGAUUUGCCAAUUGGAUGAAACCUUACUGUAGUGAAGUUAUUUCUUUAGUUCGUGUUAAUAUACUUUUGUAUUUCUAAAGCUGAAUUUAAUAGGUUUUUUUUUCCAGAAUGAUCAGAGUGUUUUUGCAGAUCUCUCCAUAAGGUCUGUUGUCACUGAUUUUAGGUUUAGUUCUUGUGUAAUUUGGCAUAUCUCACUUUUUUCUCCUUGUUACCCUUCCUUAAGAAGGGCAUCUUGACAGCCAGCCUUCGCCUGAGAGCAUUUGUGAUGAGGCUUCAUUAAACAGUAGAUGAAUAAACUGAAGGACCCCAUGCAUA